UUUCGGUUGGUCUUUUUGAAUUCGAAUUUCAAAGUUUUUCAAAUUCGAAAUUUUACCCUUGAUAAGUCUGCCCUUAAAUGUGCCAAAUCAUGUAUUAAGCAGCUUCAAUGCAAAUUCCUUUUUUAAAAAAACAUAAUUUUUGCUUUAUUAAUAUUAUCUAUUACUGAGAGGUACAUUUAUACUGGGGAUGCAACUAGGCACAGCUUGUAUUGAGUAAUUGUCGUGUAACCAUGACAACAAUGGUGACACGUAUCAAGUAUAAUGUCGUUGUCUUGUAACCAUGACAACAAGCAUUAUUAUGAGUCAUGCUCAUCGAAUCACAGCUGUGUAAACAUUGUUUCACGUGAGCAUUGUGACAUCAUAGACAAAGCUAUGAUCUCACACAACCGACAGUACUUGUUCUCAGUCUGGUGUUUUACAUGAGACUAGUAGCAUCUCUUGAAGAGACGAAUAAGUGCUCAUCCUUUUGAGUUCUUGUUUUUUUCUUUAACUUUUUUAAACUUUUAAAUUUUAACUUACUAAGGUAAGUGAUUGCUUCUCUUCAUUCUAGACAUUAGGAAUGAAUAAGAAUAUUUAAUUAACUAGAUACUUCAGCCUUGCAGUGCUUGUUAAUAAGAAGUAAUGGAAGGCUUAGCACUGUUUAUAUAUGGGGCCUAAAUUGCUUAGCAGGUUUGCUUAUUUACUUAAGUUAGUUAUAACUAACAGCUAAAGCUACAAUUCUCAAUGCAAUUUGCAUGCAGGGAGAAAGCAUUCAAAUAGAUGUAUUAGUUAGAAUAGUACUUUCAAUCAUUGUUAUUAUUUUAUGAAUAGUUCUCAAUAACAAUGAAGGAUAAUAAUUUCCCCCCUGUAUCUUUAUGUUAGUGUCCAUAUUAGUGUGUGAAAAGCUUGAAAUGUAUUUUUAUAAAACAUCUAAUUUUUCUAUAUCUUUUAAUUGCAGGACUAAAAAAUGAAAUUGAACCAUUUUAUGUGGAUUAUUAUUUUUGGACUUUUCUAUCUUAUUUGCACGUCGAAAUCAGAAGAUACACAAGAUUAUAAAGUGAAUGAUCAAGACGCAUACAUAUAUCAAGAUGCAAACGAAGAUGAUAAAGAGGCAUACAUAGAUUAUCCUGAAUCAGAAAAAAACGAUGGAAACAAUUCAGCCUAUAAUUCCACCUAUAAUUCAGCCGACAAGUGCUAGGAAUGAAAUUGAGAAUUCUCAGCAAUUGGAUAUUCCACUACUUGUAACGGGGAUAAUUCUGGUAAUUCCUGUGUUUGGAGCUAUUGCAUGGUUAGUGUAUAAAACAAUUAUAAAAAGGAAGCAACGAGUUAAUGAUGUGGAAAACCCGUUGGAGACAGCACAGCCAAAGAAACAAAGUUUCUUCAGGCGUCUGUAUAAAAAAAUUAAGGACAAGAUAACAAAGAAGAAACCAGUUACUGACGUGGAGAACCCGCCGGAAAUAGCUCCAUCCAAGCAAAAGUCAAUAGCAGUUAAAAGCUCUGUUAGGUCUGUGCGUAAAAAAAUAAAGCAGAAAAAGAAGAAACCAGUUAAUAAAGCAGAGAGACUACCAGCAGCAGCAGCUGAAAGCCCUGAUAGCAUAGAGAAGAGUGGAAAGACAGAGACGGUAACAGCUCCUAGAACAGAAAGCCUUCCAUCACCUGGAAGUGAAGCUUCUCUGCCACUCAAUGAUUUGUUUCUGGAGCAGUUAAAGGCAUCAUUUAAAAAGCCUUCUGAAAAUCGAAAACGCAAAAAAGUACUGCGCACUAUGAUGAUUGAAGAGAUUAUAAGUGACGAUGAAGAUACUGCUCAAUAUUCUGAAGCCGUCUUGCAGCAGUUAAACAAAUUAUGUAAUGAGUCACCAACUGCUCAUGACCCAAAAGUUGAAGUGCAAAUUCAGCAGCUUGACCCAAGUGAAGACAUUAGUGGUUAUGAGGCAGACGAUCUUCCUUUGCAAAGAGAGCUGGAAAAUAUUCCUUUGCUACAACAAUCUGCAGAGCCUGAGAGUGAAGUGCAAAUUCUGCAGAUUGAAACAACGAUAGAUAUGUGUAGUGAUGAGGAAGGUAAAAUUCCUUCGCAAGCAGUGCUGGAGACCGUUCCCUUCCUACAACAGCUUUCAGAUCAUGAGACUGAAGAGCAACAGGCUGAAGACACAUGUGUUGUCAAGGAAGGUGAACCUCAAUUGCAAGAGGAGCUAUUCUUCUAUUUCUUAUUGUCAUGUGCUGAUGCACUGCUGAAAUAUUCAUCAAAACUAGCUGCGUUUGUACAAAAGUCUUCAGAACCUCAGUGAACUAAAGUAUGGACAGUCAACAUUCAGAACAUUAUUGGUCUCCAACUUGCAAGGAAAUAAACAGUGCUGAUUCACAUUACCGAAGAUGGGUUGGAUUCUGGGUGGAUCGGGGCUGUGUCCACUUCUAAAUGGCCACAGCCAUAGUGGAUCUGACUAUUCAUUUAUUUUUAUAUAUAAUUUA